UCGAAGCUUCGUUUAGGGCACGCACGAGAGGGAAAUUUUGCGCGUUAGGGUUUCUUCGUCCGUGGCGCUCGCUCGGUGAUCGAUCCAUCUCUUGGCGCUGUCCAGAUGGCCGCUUCCUUGCGAAAGCCCGUGUUUAUCAAGGUCGACCAGCUCCGCCCGGGCACCACCGGGCACACGCUCGUCGUCAAGGUGGUCUCGUCGAAAAUGGUGCUCAGGAAAGCGAGACCCGACGGCCAAAACGUUCGCCAGGUCCGAAUCGCGGAGUGUGUCGUCGGUGAUGACACUGGAGUGAUCAUCUUCACUGCCAGGAACGAACAAGUGGAUCUAAUGAAGCCAGGAGUGACAGUAAACCUCCGAAACGCCAAGAUCGACAUGUUCAAGGGGUCCAUGCGCUUGGCGGUGGACAAAUGGGGAAGGGUGGAGCCAGCAGCCGACGAGAGUUUCACAGUCAAGGAAGACAACAACCUAUCCGCUGUGGAGUACGAGCUUGUCAACGUCGUCGACGAGUAGACAAGCGGGAUCCUUUGUGUUGGGGUGCUUUGGUUCCGGUGGCUGGGCAUCGAGCAGCAGCUAUGUUUCACUAGAGUGAUGGAGAUUGCAAGAGCAAAACCUGGUUUGGGGAAGACGAAAAAAAGUGGCGAAGCAGCGAAGAACACGAACAAGAACAAACACACACAAAAAAUUCAGGGUUUUGGGUUUUGGCCUAAAGGUUUUAUGGCCUUAUGUUUCCUUUUUUUUCACUAUAAUUAGGACCUUAUGAAUCCAAGGUUUCUAGUUACACUCAAAAA